AUGGCCCAUCAGCAGGCAGAAAACGUUCUUCGAAGGAAACUCGUUAUUAUUGGAGAUGGAGCUUGCGGCAAAACCAGUCUCCUAAGUGUUUUUACAUUAGGUUAUUUUCCAACACACUAUGUGCCUACUGUAUUUGAAAACUAUGUCACAGAUUGUCGAGUAGAUGGCAGAUCGGUGCAGCUGGCAUUAUGGGACACAGCUGGCCAAGAAGAUUAUGAGAGACUACGGCCUCUUGCAUACUCCAAAGCUCAUGUUUUAUUAAUUGCAUUCUCUGUCGAUACGCCUGAUUCUUUGGAAAACGUGAAACACAAGUGGAUUGGAGAAGCGAAGGAGCGCUGUCCAAACGUUCCAAUCAUACUCGUUGGCCUGAAGAAAGAUCUCCGUGAAGAUCCUCUCGCUGUUGAAGAAAUGAGAAAAAAGUCUCUUCGAUUCGUAUCGCCAAGGGACGGUAGCGACACAGCCGCCCAAAUCGGAGCUAGGAAAUAUCUCGAGUGUUCGUCUUUAACCGGGGAAGGGGUAGACGACGUUUUCGAGGCCGCCACCCGUGCUGCUUUGGUAACAUUUGACGAAGAUAACAGGGGGUCUUGUUGUGUCAUUUUAUAA